UCGGCAGACCUUUUAAAGGCGAUCACAACCCGCCCCCCUCCACACGCACAUCCACCUCUUCCUCCACAUGGCGCUGCAGAACCGGGUGGCGGUGGUGACCGGAGCGGCGCAGGGGGUCGGCCGGGCCAUGGCAGAGAUACUGCUGCAGAACGGCGCCAAGGUAGCCCUCCUGGAUGUGAAUGAGGCGGCAGGGAAGAGUUUGAAGGAAGUCCUCGACAAGCAGUACGGAACGGAGAGAAGUCUGUUCCUCAGCUGCGAUGUUGAAUCAGAGGAGCAGAUAAAAGCUGCCUUUCAGAGAACUGCUGAAGCUUUGGGGGGGGUCGACAUCGUGUGCAACAACGCUGGCAUCCUGAACGAGGCCGAGUGGAAGAAGACCAUCUCCAUAAACCUGGUGGCGGUUGUCCAGGUAACCUACACAGCUCUGGAGCACAUGAACAAGCUGACCGGAGGUCGGGGAGGGGUCAUCAUCAACACCGCAUCCAUGGCGGGUACGACCCACAAUGCACCCAGCGGGUUGAAAAAAAAAGCAAAAACCUUCGUAUGCAUUGCUGUGCAAUGUUGUUACUCACUGAAGAUCUUCAUUAACGUUCCAUGUGCACAGGUCUCUUCCCUUUUCUGAGCUGCCCGGUCUACACGGCCACUAAGUACGGGGUGGUCGGCUUCACGCGCGCCAUGGCGGCUAACUCCACCGCGUAGGGCUUCGGUGUACGCUUCAAUGCCCUUUGUCCGGGCUUCGUGCAAACGGACCUCUUGGAGAACCUUUUCGACCGAUUGGGGCGUUUCUCCCGGCUUUCUGCUGAGACCAAAGCGUACGUGGAUCAAGGCGUGAUGAAGCCGUCCGACGUGGCCGAGGCCCUCCUGGAGCUGGUGACCAACGACACCAAGAACGGGGAGGCCUUACAGGUGACCUGCAGGUCCAAGAAAUACAUGACGUUUCCUGUGCCCAGCUAGACUCUGCCAUAGCCGCCCCCCCAUCUGAAUAUUUGGAAAAAUGUAUGUAUUUAUGUAAACUGCAUUAAAUAAAUGAAACUCUUCAUAACUUGAUGUCAUCACAAUAUUCAAAUGUAAUGUAUAUUUAAGUGUGAGGCAUUUUAUUCCACUUUAAGGUACCGCUUCUUUACUAAUGCAGCAAAUGGUCCAAAGGUCAAACACUGCACAAUGAGUAGUGCUAUGUGUAUAUUUAAUUC